AUGAGAGGGCAUGGACCUGCUAUAAAAACGUCUAUUAGAGACAUUACAAAUGACUUGGAAGAACCACCUUGUCGUAUAAUUUUGAAGAAUGAGUAUGAACAACCUUCUGGUAGUUUCAAACUUCGUGGAAUUGGGUACUUGAUCUCGACAUCUAUUGCUGAGGCCAGGAGAUUAGGCAAGGUUAACGUCCAUGUGUACUGUUCAUCUGGAGGAAAUGCAGGGCUUGCAGCUGCUUACGCCAGUAAGGACCUCAAUGUACCGUGCACAGUGGUCCUUCCAACUACCAGCAAAGAUAUAGUCAUAAAAAAACUACAAUCAUUUGGUGCUGAGGUUAAGAUUCAUGGCCACCAUUGGGGUGAAGCUGACAACUAUUUGAAGGAACUCAUAUCCAACGCGGACGAGUCUACCUAUCCUGUUUAUUGCCAUCCGUUCGAUGAUCCACGAUUAUGGGAUGGUCAUGCGGCAAUUAUUGAUGAAAUCAUCGAAGAAAAACAGUUGUCUGAGCAAGAUUUGUCCAAGAUAGCUGCAGUAUUUUGCAGUGUUGGGGGAGGCGGCCUUUAUAAUGGGAUAGUAGAAGGAUUACAAAGAAGGGAGCCUCCUUUAUCAGAUGUUCCUAUCGUAGCCGUAGAAACUAAGCAAUGUCCUACCUUCCAUGAAGCUAUCAAAGCCGGAAAAGUUGUGCAUUUGGAAUCUAUUAAUACCAUUGUGACUUCUUUGGCUUCACCUUAUUUAUCUGAAAAGUCCUUAGAAAAUUAUCAUCAUCAUGAGACAAAAACUGAGCUUAUCGAUGACUUAGAUGCUAUUAUGACAACAGUCGACUUUUAUGAUAAAUUAGGUCUAACAUUAGAGCCUUCUUGUUCUGCAACUCUUCACUUUGCUCUCAACUGCCACCUAUUACCCAAAAUUAUACCCAAUUUAAAAAAAGACAGUAUUGUACUUUUCAUAGCUUGUGGAGGAUCAGGCGUAGAUGAAAGUGUAAUAGAUACCUAUAGAAACCUUAUAAAAGGAUCAUGA